GUGCCAGCCUCUGUCAUCGCCUGCAGAGCAUCGCUCUUGCCAGGGCAGCACAGCUUAGCCUCUCGCCGGCCCCGUCCAUAAACAAACUGCAUGCACUGCAUGCAGCGUAGUGAGUGAAUGAGGAGGAGGGGCUCCUAUUAGCUGCAUCGGUGCAGAGUGGGGGGAUGAGAGCGAGAAGCAGGGAGGGAGAGGGAUGUGUGAAGUCUGUACCCUUGAUAACUGCAGAGCUGUCCCAACACUGCACACAGCCUGCCCUCUCCCUAUUUCAUCCACCCCCUACACCAGUCCAAUCCCUGGAAUCUGCUCUGAACACCUCUGCUUGCAGCUCUCCCUAACCCACGCACCAUCCUGCCAUCCUCUAUACAUCCUUCUGGACUCCUCACUUUUUUUGUCUUACUUCUCCCAUCCCCCUCCCCUCCUCCCCAGUCUCUCUCCAUCCCCCCUCUGUCUCAUUCUCUCUAUACCUCUCAUCUCCUUUCUUCGAACACAUCUUCAUGCCCUGAGUGGCUCAUCGUCCUGGUCACUACUCCCCCGUUCCCUGGGAUAUUGUCCCCCCAGGUUACCCCUCCUUGCUAUACCCCCCCCUUUGCCCAAGGAACUGGAACCCCCCAGCCUACCCCUUCUUGCUGGACCCCCUGGUCCCCAAGGAUAUUGACCCCCCCCCAGGUCAAUCCCUUCUUACUUGAAACCCGACUUCUAUUACCCCUCUUAUUAGCGGGACCCCUACACCCUUUUGCCCCCUUCCUUGAUUAAGCAUCCUACCUUUCCCCUUAUACCUGUCCCAAUAUGCAAGUUUCAUUUGCUUGCACUGAGCAGACUCUAAGAAGUAGGACCAGCGAGGACCGUCUUUGCCCCAACCGCCCUUCUGGGGGGCAAAAUGGGGGAAACAGUGGGCAGACUAAGCAGCGCACUCCCCCUUUGGGGACCAAAUACCCUAAUCAGGUGCUCCCGCUGCUUACACACAUGCUACGGGAGUCGACGGGCAAAGCUACGGGUAUGAAGUACAGGAAUCUGGGGAAAUCUGGAUUACGUGUAUCUUGUCUUGGACUGGGCACAUGGGUGACGUUUGGAUCUCAGAUUACAGAUGAGAUGGCAGAAAAUCUCAUGACAAUUGCUUACGAACACGGGGUCAAUCUGUUCGAUACUGCGGAGGUGUAUGCGGCAGGGAGAACUGAAAGUCCCAACACCCAUAGGCACAAGACUUCUGUGGUCCUACCACACUCCUCCAUAGGUCCAGUACGGGCAGAGAGGACUUUGGGAAAUAUCCUAAAAAAGAAAGAGUGGAGGCGUUCCAGUUAUGUAGUGACAACCAAAAUCUUCUGGGGAGGACAGGCAGAGACCGAGAGGGGCCUUUCUCGGAAACAUAUCAUCGAAGGUCUCCGGGGGUCCCUGGAACGGCUGCAGUUGGAAUAUGUCGAUAUCGUCUUCGCAAAUCGAAUGGAUGCGAACAGCCCCAUGGAAGAAAUCGUGAGAGCCAUGACGUUUGUGAUCAACCAAGGGAUGGCAAUGUACUGGGGGACGUCCCGCUGGGGUGCAAUGGAAAUCAUGGAAGCGUAUUCUGUGGCCCGUCAGUUCAAUCUCAUACCUCCGGUGUGCGAACAAGCCGAAUAUCACCUAUUUCAGCGGGAAAAGAUAGAGACUCAAAUGCCGGAGCUGUACCAUAAGAUAGGCGUGGGCUCCAUGACGUGGUCUCCGCUGGCCUGCGGUAUGAUCACCGGAAAAUAUGUCGACAGCAUCCCUGAAAAAUCCAGAGCUUCAUGCAAGGGGUAUCACUGGCUGAAGGAAAAGGCAGGGAGUGAGGAAGGCAAGAAGCAGCACUCCAAGGUAAAAGAACUUCAUCCCAUCGCCGAGCGUCUGAACUGCACAGUCACCCAGCUGGCUAUUGCAUGGUGCCUGCGCAGCGAGGGAGUCAGUUCUGUGCUGCUGGGUGUCUCCAAUAGUGACCAGUUAAUGGAAAAUCUGGGAUCCAUUCAGAUCUUGGCCCAUCUGACGCCACCGGUCAUAGCGGAGAUUGACCAGAUUCUCGGCAACAAGCCCAACAUAAAGAAAGACUCUCGUGCGUGAGGAGCUCCUCGGCACAUCCUGGAACCGCCGUGUGUUCUCCAAGGCAUGGGGACAAAGGACAUAUGAAAUUACGCUCACCUCGUGCAUGGUUCCCCCACUCUGGCAGUGCUGAGAGAGCGGGAGAACAUUUAACCAGCAAUAAGGGGAGGAAAAUCAGCUGCCUGCUUAGUUCUCUGGGGUCAGUACAUGCAUUACUUCAUGUCACCCUGCAAGGGGAGGGGCAAAGGAUUCAAGAUGUUUCUAGCGAAGCGGAGAAAAGGACAUACGUGACCAGUCAAGGUUUAGCAUGAGCAGGACAAACAAAAAGUCCUCAUUUAUUGUAGCUUUAUGGCAUCCCCAAUACAGAGAACCAAACCAA